AGGGUGAGAAGAGAAGUAGGCUCCCACUCACAUUCAUUCAACUGUACCCGUUCCAACUCUUUUCCCCACCCUCUCACAAAACCACCGCUCCCAAACUGUUGCCCUCACCCCGGUUUUUUCCCCACGCACCAUCUCUUUUGUAUCCCCUCCCACAAAACACCCGCAAACCAAAACAAAGGGAAACGAACAAAAGAAAAAGGAAAAAGAAAAAGAGGGGAAAAAGAACCUCUCGUUUCCCACUAGAUAUAAAGUCAUCAUCCUAACUCAAAUCCUCCUACUGCUUCCUCUUCUUAUUCCUUGGCACAUGUAGAAGGAUCCCUCUUUGGCUCCGGAGAUCGGAAAAUGUCAGCACAAAUGAUCACGCCCGAGCACGUUUGCUACGUCCACUGCACCUUCUGCAAUACCAUCCUUGCGAUGUGCGGAAGUGGGUCCGUAGUCUUGUCGUUUUCAUCUCUCUUUCUUCAGGUUAGUGUCCCAGGCAAUAAUUUGCUCAACACUGUGACUGUCAGAUGUGGGCAUUGCACUAAUCUGCUGUCUGUGAACAUGGGUGGUUUGCUUGAAACAGCUCCUAUUCAAGAUCUUCAGGUUGUGGGAUCUCAAGAUUAUCGUAAGGAGCGUGGAUCAUCUUCUAAAUGCAACAAGACUUCUGUAAUGUGCUCAAUGCAGAAUGAUCAACAGCAAACGCUACCAAUGCGUCCCCCAGAGAAGAGACAGCGAGUUCCUUCUGCGUACAACAGGUUUAUCAGAGAGGAGAUACAAAGAAUAAAGACCAACAAUCCAGAUAUUAGCCAUAGGGAAGCUUUUAGCACUGCAGCAAAGAAUUGGGCACAUUUUCCUCACAUCCAUUUUGGGCUGAAUAUGGAUGGUAGUAAGCAAGUAAAGUUUGAUGAAGCUAUUGCUGGACCGGGGGGGCAAAAAGCUCAGGGUUUCCAAUGAGAAGAUUACUUUGUGAGUAGGUGCUGCUAUAUUUAUUUUUUGAAACUUGUAUUCCAGAAGUCAAAGUAUGAGGUCCUAACAUUCAGAUCACCAUAUAUGUUUAUGUCCUUUACAUUAGAUUUUAUUUGUGGAUAAAGGCUGAUAUUUAAGCA